AUGUGCUAUAGCAUGGAGCGGGACGCCCGACGUGGCCAAGGCCAAUGGAGAGGAUGCUUCACGUUCCAGAAUAUAGUCUCUGAUGAUGAGAACCCGCACCAUAACACGAGGAGCGGUGGUCUCAAGAUGGGCCAGACAUACUACUACUAUUACGAAGUAGACGGGUCAACUGAGACCUUUGAUGCAACAAUGCCUUGCACAACCAUGUGCCCGUAUAUGCCCGGGCAAACCGUCAACACUCUCUAUGUUCCUGUUGAGCGCUCAUCACGGACCCGAAGUGCAUCGGCAAACUCGAUGCGGGCAGAGGACUUCAGAACAAUGGAUCCAGCAACAAAGUUUAUGAAGCCCUUACCGCCAACACCUCUACUACCCAGCCUAUACAACCGCCGAGCUCUAUCUGCCCCGACUACACGCCCUUCAUCAUCGUCAUCUCGCCCAUCAUCUCCGCCUACAUGGAAGAGACUCUUCUCCCGCAAGCCGCAGACAUCUGAAGGCCUACAUCGCCCGUCUGCUAGCCAUGGGGAAACAUCCUAUGCAUCCUCCUUCACCAUUUACGAUAACGUCAUUACUAUCCCCGCGCGGGAGACUCGCCAUGGCCGAACUACAUCGUCGCUUAGUGAGGGUGCAAGGGCAAGAGACAUCUCUCCGGGUUCCCUGGCCCGUAUCUUGCGUGAAGACCGACUUGCUCCUCGCCGUCCCAGUCACCCUGCCCAGCCACCGCCGUUGGUAAUCCCCGACGACGUCAUUGAAGAGGAUGAGGACGACGACAACUUUGCUGUUUCCGCUGUAUCAGAAAGUUUGCCCUUUGUCACUGGCCUAUCGCCACCCCCCUUCCAACGCUCUACGUCAUCCGAGUCCAUCAAGCAUGAAGUAAGCAACUUCAUUACACCCAUGGUCAAGCCUCAGCUUUCAGUUCGGCCACCUUCUUUCGAUCGAAACCAGCCUCUAUCGGCCGUGGUAAACGAGACAAACUCCUCGGUGCCUCGCUGGUCCGUCUCAACAAAAGACAAGUUCACCACGAGUCCUAUACAGGAAGAUGUUCCCAUGAGCUUCUACGACGAUGAGGAUGAUGACGACGAUGUCAUGUCUAGCAACGAAGACGAAGUUCAAUUCCCUGUUAUCCCCACUUCAAAAACUCGACUACACUCUUUCAGAGGCUAUAGCCUACCACGCCACAUUGAAGAGACGAAGGAUACAUUCGCCUCUCAUCAGUCCUUCGCUACUCGCAUUUCUCCGAAAUUGGUACCUAGCGGGGCUAAUAUGUUAGACACACACAUCGAGGCCGGCCUUGAUGACUUUGUCAGCGAGCUGGGCUGGAUUGUCGGUACUAUUGGCACGACUGAUAGCCCCUAG